AUGGGAAGCAGCAGCUCAUCCACCCAGCACCACUUCGCUUUUCAGAAUGCUGAGAAAGCCUUCAAGGCAGCGGCCUUGAUCCAGAGGUGGUACCGGCGCUACGUGGCCCGCCUGGAGAUGAGGCGGAGAUGUACCUGGAACAUUUUCCAGUCUAUAGAGUAUGCCGGACAGCAGGACCAGGUCAAGCUCCAUGAUUUCUUCAGCUACCUUGUGGAUCACUUCACCCCCAGCAGCCACCACGAGAGAGACUUCCUGAACCGCAUGUUCACUGAGGAGAGGUUCACCCAGGAUGUGGAGACAGAGGAGGGCGGCGACUAUGAGUCCAUAGAGGUGCCAGACAGCUACACAGGGCCGCACCUCUCCUUUCCUCUUCUUCCUGACCAUGCCACCGCCCUGGUGGAAGCUUUCAGGCUGAGACAACAGCUCCAUGCCCGCUACGUCUUGAAUCUUUUGUAUGAGGCCAGAAAACACCUGGCCCAGCUACCGAACAUCAACCGGGUCUCCACCUGCUACAGCGAGGAGGUCACAGUGUGUGGAGAUCUACAUGGCCAGUUGGAUGACUUAAUAUUCAUAUUUUAUAAGAACGGUCUACCAUCGCCAGAGAGGGCGUACGUGUUCAACGGUGACUUUGUGGAUCGAGGCAAGGACUCGGUGGAGGUCCUGAUGGUUCUGUUUGCCUUCAUGUUGGUUUACCCCAAAGAGUUCCACCUUAACCGAGGAAACCACGAGGACCACCUUGUGAACUUACGAUACGGCUUCACCAAGGAAGUGAUGCAUAAGUACAAGACGCACGGGAAGAAAAUCCUCAGGACCCUUCAAGACGUCUUCUGCUGGCUCCCGUUGGCCACUCUGGUUGACGAGAAAGUCCUUGUCCUUCACGGUGGGGUCUCCGACAGGACUGACCUGGAACUUCUGGCUAAGCUAGACCGGCACAAGAUUGUUUCUACCCUGAGGUGCAAAACGAGAAAGGAAAGUGAGAACCGGGAGGAGCAGAAGAAGAAAGUCACCCAGACAAGCUCUGGACAGAGACCCAUCCCGUGGUUUCUUCCUCAAAGCCGCUCGCUUCCCUCUUCGCCUUUUCACCCGGCCUCCAGCUUGAAGGCCCACAAAGCCGGUCGGUCCUGCAGCAUCCCCUGUGGCUCUGUGGGCCCCAAGGAGCUAUCCCGGCCCGUGCGGCGCUCAGUGGACCUGGAACUGGAGCGGUGCCGACAGCUGGCCGGCUUCCCGGGGAUCCGAGAGAAGGGGGAGCCCUCGCCGGUGGCCCCAGAUGCCGACUGCGAGGGUGCCGCGGGAGAGGCGCUGGAGCCCACUCCGGAGGAGUGGAAGCAGGUUGUAGAUAUUCUGUGGAGUGAUCCCAUGGCUCAAGAAGGCUGCAAGGCCAACGCUAUCCGAGGAGGAGGCUGCUACUUUGGGCCUGAUGUGACAGAACGGUUGCUGGAGAAGUACAAACUACAAUUCCUGAUUCGCUCCCACGAAUGCAAACCUGAGGGCUAUGAAUUCUGCCAUAACCGCAAGGUGUUAACCAUUUUUUCUGCCUCCAACUACUAUGAAGUUGGCAGCAACAGAGGAGCCUACGUGAAGCUGGGGCCAGCCCUGGCUCCGCAUAUUGUGCAGUAUCAAGCUAACAAGGCGACCCACAAACUAACCAUGAGGCAAAGGAUCAGCAGGGUAGAGGAGUCCGCCCUGAGAGCCCUGCGGCAAAAACUAUUCGCCCAUUCCUCGGACCUGCUAGUGGAGUUUCGGAAGCACGACCCUGAGGAAAGCGGCGUGAUCACCCUGAGUGACUGGGCGGUUGCCCUGGAGUCUGUCCUGCGCCUGGGACUGCCGUGGCGGAUGCUGCGGCCACAGCUGGUGAGCAGCUCAGCAGAUAACGUCUUAGAGUACAAGUCCUGGCUGGAGGGCUUGGCCAAGGAACAGCUGAGCCGAGAGAACAUUCAGUCAAGUCUGCUGGAAAAACUCUAUCGAAACCGAUCCAACUUGGAGACCAUUUUUAGGAUCAUAGACAGUGACCAUUCAGGGUUCAUCUCCCUGGACGAGUUCAGACAGACCUGGAAGCUCUUCAGCUCUCACAUGACCAUCGACAUCACCGACGAUGGCAUCUGUGACCUUGCCAGAAGCAUCGACUUCAACAAGGACGGCCGCAUCGACAUCAAUGAGUUCCUGGAGGCCUUCCGCCUGGUGGAGCAGUCCUGCUCUGAGCGCCGAGCCUCUGCCUGCCCACAGCCCCCUGACACUGCAGAGAGCGGCCGCAGCAGCCCGGGCCCUGGCUGAGGACAGCCUGGCCUUCAGCACCCACAGUGCCUACAGGCGAUGCCAAGCUUGGGCUGGGCCUGGGGUAUGUGUGCACGCUACUGCAUGCAUGCGUGCGCACACACUCAUGAACAGAGAGUGAACCCAACCUCUGGUUUUGGUACGUUUAAAUUCUCAAACCUGCUCUAGUUAUCACUGAUAAUUCAACACCCUGUUGUUUUUAUUUCAUAUAUUUUAUUUACUGUUUUAAAAAUGUCAUCGGUAAAAGAAAGUUUUUUAAUUGUGUAUAAUCCCAUGACCCAAAUGUACAUUUUUUCAUUAUGUGCUCUUUCUUCUUAUAACUAUAAAGCUUCUCUGAUUCUGUGUCCUUGUUUUUAAAGAAAUUUGUAUUUAAUUGUGCAUACUUUUCCAUGUUGCUAAAUAAUCUUCACAGCUAUCAUGAUGAUAUCAUGAACAUGUAUGAUUUUCUUUCAAAUUUAUGUAAUCUGUUUGGUUCCUAAUUAGUAAACAGAUACGCUG